UCUUUCUUCACACUUCCUAGCCGCCUCUCUCUAUUUCUCUAAGCAUCACUUUCUUUUCUUGUCGUCUAGGCGUAAAAGAAUUUACCCAGGAUUCGUUUCCCUCUUUCUGCUCUUCCUUCUUUUCCAUUCAUUUCCUUGUUUCUUAAACAUCGAAGAACUCCCUCACUAUAUAUCUUAUCCGACAACGACGACUUUGCUGCUGCUGCUGCUGCUGUUACAGUCUUCGCCGGCUCCGUCUGCAAGCUCAGAGAAAGCUUUUUUAAAGCAUCUUGGUCGUUUUGCAAGUUAUAAUAUGCCGCGGAGAACCUUUAAUGGAAAUAUCUCUAAUUCACUGAGUGAAGAGCAAGCAUAUGCCUUGUACAAUGAGAUGGCCCCAACUGUUGGACGCCUCACAAUUAAAUAUAAUAGUAAAAAAGAUAAGGAUGAAAAUAUUAAUGAAGAUAGUGAUGAAGAUAUUGAUGAGGGUACUGAUGAAGAUAUUGAUAAAGAUACUAAUGAAGAUAGUGCUAAACAUGGGACUGGGGUUGUUAUAGAUGAUGAGGGCUUUGCGCUGACUUUGUAUGAACUGGUUAGUAAGACUGGUUCCAGCAUUUUCAUUUCUUUUGAUGGAAGUGAAGAACAAUAUGAAGCUAAAAUUUGUAAGAGUGAAGAGUUGAAAAGGCAAAAGUUGGCUCUAAUUAAGGUAGAGCUAAAGAAUGGGAAUCUGCUUGAAAGUGCAAACAUUUCAGAGGAUGAAAUAUUUGUGGGCCAGGAUAUUUUUUGUAUUCAAAACGCCUUUCCUAGUAAAGGUCUUGGCUAUCAAAUUAGUUACGUCUCUUCUCUCUUGAGAAAUUUUAAUGAUAUUGAUCGCUUGUUCAGAGAUCAAUUUCUUGAAUGUGAUAUGGAGACAAAUGUUAUUCAGACCGGUAAUUUGGGAUUAUGUUCAUCCGAAGACAGCCUUGAAGCAGGAAGGGGGGCACCAUUAUUUGAUUCAGGAGGAAAUGUGAUGGGUUUAUUAGCUUUUGAAUAUAACCGGUAUGACUUUGCGAUUCAUUGCCAAAAAGAGAAGAUCUUAUUUGCAAUUGAAGAAGCCAAGAGAGCUAGUGUUUAAUGAUAUUGAGAACUACUUAAUGCCAAAAAAAUGAGUAAAAGGUUGUCUAAAAGGAUCUUAUAUAUGUACCGGAGGCAAGAUCUUAUGCAUCUGAGAUGAGGCAAUGGUUAGAGCAAUUCCAACAGGUGAGGAGCUGAAUAGAAAAAAUGGAUGCCUAGCUCCACUAUUUUCACCAUUACUCUCUGUGGUUGUCAAAACUCUCAAGAUGUCAUUUUUAGUUAGAGAUACAAAUUGUUCUUGUUCCACAGCUACUCCACCACGAAGUCGCAAUCCUUUCUCAGCUAGAAGGAGGUCUGCUUUGUGAUUUUGUUUUGUACUUGGUAUAUGCUCCUUGGAAUGCCAGCCUUGUGCAUGUUUUAUGAUACUAUUGAACUUCACCUUAAUGAUGAUUUUUGCUAGUACAGCAGAAGUUUUGGAUCUAUCAUGGACCGCAUGCCUGUGAACUUUCGUUUCUUGAUUAAUGAUUGA